UAGUUGAAGGCAUAUCUAAGCCAGCAGGCGGCUCCCAUCAUCCGGUUUUACGCAUCCCUAAGACGCUGCCUGCGCUGCGGGACUUGAAGCGCUGGAACAGCAGCCUUGGCACCGACCCCCCGGGAAAACUACAAGGCCCGGCGUGCACUGCGCGCCUCUGGGGCGGAAGUCGGAAGGAGUCGGCGCUUUGUGACGUCACGUCCGUGUUGCCGCCGGAUUCAGAUCGCUUUCUCUGAGGCCUGUGUCCUGGAGGUGGGAGGGAAGCGUCCGCGAGGCCUUGGGCCGCGGGGCCAGUGCAUCUGGGCUAACUUUACCGAGUCUGUUGAGGGAAGAGAUUGUGAGGACCGUGUCUUCGGGAUGCGUGUCACGUGAGAAGGCGCUCCAUGCCAGGAACUGUCAGCAACUGGCACUUGGAGAGCUCUUGCUGCGGACGGGCGCGGGGCCUCUUGCCUAGUAGCCCGCAGGACCCAGUGGGUCCGGCGCUCACGCUGUUUCCACUGCACGGCCUCAGUGCCUUCCCUGGCGCCUCCCGUCCUGUAACUGGCCUACUCGAGGUCCCACCCCGCCUUCUGCAGCGGCCGAGAAGGGGGCUCUGCUUCUGGGAGUAUUUAGGAAGGGAGCCAGCGUUAGGCAGGAGUCCCUUCCUCCGAGCAUCGCUCAAGGCUUUUCUCCUCUGGCAGCCGAUUUCCUUUUCUUUGGAAAGGACGUCAGUUUUUUUAGCUUGUUGCAACUGUUCAGAGAUGCCGUCUGUGGGCAAAUAAAUGCCUUUUUAACUGAGCUGUUAUUUUCAGCUAAGAAGUUCUUCAGGUUUUUCCGGAUGUAGGAGGGGAUGUAGACUCGAAUUAUAAUGGAUCCCGUGUAGCAAAACAUUUAUUAAUUUCAACAAUUGUGCAUGCUCAUUCAGACUCAACUACCUGAAUGAGAUGAUGUCGUUCUGGGCUACUUCAUCUUAGGGAGUCAUUGUUUCUUCUGGCAAGUUCUACCUGCCUUAGCUAUUGAGGGUCUCAGCACCAGCUCAGACCAUGUGGACCGCGGAUGAGAUUGCUCAGCUGUGCUAUGAGCACUAUGGGAGCAGACUGCCCAAGAAGGGGAAGCCUGAGCCAAACCACGAAUGGACAUUAUUGGCAGCCGUGGUGAAGAUACAAUCUCCAGCUGACCAGGCCUGCGACACCCAUGAUAGGCCGGUACAAGUGACAAAGGAAGUUGUCUCAAUGGGAACAGGAACAAAAUGCAUAGGCCAGUCCAAAAUGAGGAAGAGUGGAGACAUCCUCAAUGAUAGCCAUGCUGAGGUCAUAGCCAGAAGGAGUUUCCAAAGGUAUCUUCUCCAUCAACUCCAGUUGGCAGCCACCCUGAAAGAGGAUAGUAUCUUUGUCCCAGGAACUCAAAAAGGACUGUGGAAACUCAGACCAGACCUCAUUUUUGUGUUUUUCUCCAGCCAUACACCCUGUGGGGAUGCCUCCAUCAUUCCGAUGCUUGAGUUUGAAGAUCAGCCUUGCUGUCCUGUCAUCAGAGAUUGGGCCAACAACCCAUCAGUAGAAGCUAAUAGUAACCUGGAAGCUCCUGGAUAUGAAAGAAUAUGUGAAGACCUUGGCAGUCCUGUAACCAAAAAGGCGAAGCUUAAGCCUGGUACUACUGCCAAAAAGGUCACGAACGGAGCAGCUCACCCUCACAGUCUUGGUAAGCAGGAAGGUGACCCAAUCUCACCAGGCAUCAACAGCUGUAAUCUCACUGUAGAAGAACUGGCUGCUGUCACCAGAAUAGCCCCUGGUAGUGCCAAAGUGAUAGACAUUUAUAGAACUGGAGCCAAAUGUGUACCUGGAGAAGCUGGAGACUCCGGGAAGCCUGGUGCUGCGUUUCAUCAGGUGGGGCUGCUCCGAGUGAAGCCUGGCCGUGGAGACAGAACUUGCUCCAUGUCCUGCAGUGACAAGAUGGCCCGAUGGAAUGUUCUUGGAUGCCAGGGGGCACUGUUGAUGCACUUCCUGGAAGAGCCCAUCUACCUAUCAGCAGUGGUCAUUGGGAAGUGCCCAUACAGCCAGGAAGCCAUGCAGAGAGCACUGAUUGGAAGGUGUCAGAAUUUAUCGGCUUUACCAAGAGGUUUUGGAGUUCAAGAACUAAAAAUACUGCAGUCAGAUUUACUAUUUGAACAGAGCCGCUGUGCAGUGCAGGCAAAAAGGGCUGACAGCCCAGGUCGACUUGUUCCUUGUGGAGCAGCCAUCAGCUGGAGUGCAGUUCCUGAGCAGCCAUUGGAUGUUACUGCCGGUGGCUUUCCACAGGGAACAACAAAGAAAAUAAUCGGAAGCCUUCAGGCAAGAUCCCAAAUCAGCAAAGUGGAACUCUUUAGAUCAUUCCAGAAGCUGCUAAACAGAAUUGCAAGGGACAAGUGGCCAGACUCCCUCAGGGUGCAGAAGCUGGAUACCUACCAGGAGUACAAGGAGGCUGCAUCCUCUUACCAGGAAGCCUGGGGCACUCUCCGGAAGCAGGCAUUUGGAUCCUGGAUCAGAAACCCACCGGAUUAUCACCAGUUCAAGUGAGAAGGAAAUGUUUGCUCUGGUAGCAGGACCCUUCAUUCUGAACUGCCUUCCUCCACGCAGGACAAGUGUUAGCAUUUUUGGUAGCUAAAUCAGGGAACAUUCUGAGCAGUGCAUCUCUGUUGUGUAAUACAGAUGGAAUCUGAAACUUAGAGCAGGCUAUACUUGAUUGACGUAGCUCUCUGCUAAAAUGGCAUCUCACUAAUGACCUUGCUAUCUGACUUCCAUUGUGUUUUAUUGCUUCUCUAAAAUAUGAAAUCAGUUUGGAGCAUGAUGCUUUAAAAGUACUCUGCAGUGCUCUGUUUUAUGUGUUCCUACAUUGAUUCAACAAAUAUUUAUUGAGCUGAAAUGAUGUUUGAAUCCCUGCAAGUCUUACAGCUUUGCCUGGCAUAGUGAAUUUAUAUUUUGUAUUCCCAGCCUUUCUUCCUUCUGGGAGCCUUUCUUUUCCCAUUCUUCAAUGAUCCUGCCCUGUGCCUCAGACUUGGCUGAAGCUAACCUUACUCCCUGGCUCUAGGAAUAGCCUGUGAGCCAGUCCUGGAUCACCCUGGAAUUGUUUUCAGAGGGAUCAGGAAAGGCUCUCUGUUUUGAUCUGGAACUGUGAGAGUCACAUAAUCAUGGGACUGCUGAUGGCCAUCUUUGUCUCAUACAUGGAGAAAGCCAGCAAAUAAUGAAUGCAACAAAGGACAUAGCCAAGAGAAUCAAAGAUCUAGUAACACUGAUUAGAUGCCUAAAGCCAGUGCCCACCCUAGAUGUUAGUUAUGUGAGACAAAUUCCUGUUGUUGUUUUGAUUAUGCCUGUUUGAGUUGGUUUUCUGACUUACAGUUAAAAGAGUUCUGUCCAAAAAUUCAAAAGGCGGCCAGGUGCAGUAGCUCAUGCCUGUAAUCCCAGCACUUUGGGAGGCUGAGGCAGGCAGAUCACUUGAGGUCAGGAGUUCAAGACCAGCCUGGCCAACAUGGUAAAACCCUGUCUCUACUAAAAUCACAAAAUUAGCUGGGCAUGGUGGCGCAUGCCUGUAAUCCCAGCUGCUCAGGAGGCUGAGGCAGGAGAAUUGCUUGAACCUGGGAGGCAUAGGUUGCAGUGAGUGGAGAUCACACCACUGCACUCCAGCCUGGGAGACAGAGCGAGACCCUAUCUCAAAAAAAAAAAAAAAGCCAAAAGGCCCUACAGCAAAACAGCAAUAGACCCAGCAGCCAAUCCUGUUUGAACUAACAUCUAGUGUUUAACACUCAACAUCAGACCUUGAAUGAUUAACUGAAAAUGGAAGCUCCCAUAUUGGGGUUACUCAAGGUCCUUAUUGAUUCUUCAGCAUUUUGUAGCUAUAAAUAUUUUUAAUCACAAUUGUAUUGAGACAGAAAUCACAGACCAUAAAAUUCACCCACCUAAAGUAUACAAUUUAAAAGUUUUUAGGCCAGGUGCCAAAGACUCACAGCUGUAAUCCCAGCAUUUUUGGAGGUCAAGGCAGAUGGAUCACCUGAGGUCAGGAGUUUGAGACCAGCCUGGCCAACAUGAUGAAAACCCAUCUCUACUAAAAAUACAAAACUUAGCUGGGUUUGGUGGUGCACACCUGUAAUCCCAGCUACUCGGGAGGCUGAGGCAGAACAAUCACUUGAGGGAAGUGGAGGUUGCAGCGAGCUGACAUGGUACCACUGCAAUCCAGCCUGGACAACAGAGUAAGACUCUGUCUCAAAAGAAAAAAAAUAAAGGAAAUGUACCCCCUUUCAGUUCUGGAGGCUAGAAGUCCAAACAAGUGGUCAGUGGGGCUUCUAUUCCCUCUAAAAGCUUUUGUGCAGGAGCCCCCAAUCCCUGUGCCACAGACUGUUACUUGUUCAUGACCUGUUGGGAACCAGGCCAUACAGAAGGAGAAAAGUAGGGGGUGAGAAAGCUAAGUUUCACAAGCUAAGUUUCAUCUAUAUUCACGGCUGCUCCCCAUUGCUCAUAUUACUGCCUUAGCUCCACCUCCUGUCAUACCAGCGGUGGCAUUAGAUUCUCAUAGGAGCACGAAUCCUAUUGUGAACUGCACAUGCAAGGGACUUGGUUGCACGCUCCUUAUGAGAAUCUAAUGCCUGAUGAUCUGUCACUAUCUCCCACACCCCCAGAUGGGACUAUCUAGUUGCAUGAAAACAAGCCCAGGGCUCCCACUGAUUCUACAUUAUGAUGAGUUGUAUAAUUAUUUCAUCAUAUAUUAUGAUGUAAUAAUAAUGGAAAUACAGUGCACAAUACAUGUAAUGCACUUGAGUCAUCCUAAAACUAUCCACUUGUCUCCAUCCCUGGACCCAUGGAAAAACUGUCUUCUGUGAAACCAGUCCCUGGUGCCAAAAAGUCUGGGGACUGCUGCUUUAGGAAAGACUCCUUCAUGCCUCCUCCUUAGCUUCUAGUGGCUCCUGGAAGUCCUUGGCAGCCCUUGGCUUGUGGCUGCAUCACUUCAGUUUCUGCCUCUAUCUUCACAUGGCCUUCUUCCCUGUGUCUGUGUCUCACAUGGCCUUCUUCCCUGUGUCUGUGUCUCGCAUGGCCUUCCUCCCCGUGUCUGUCUUGUAUGGCCUUCUUCCCUGUGUCUGUGUCUCGCAUGGCCUUCUUCCCUGUGUCUGUGUCUCUCGUGGCCUUCCUCCCUGUGUCUGUGUCUCACGUGGCCUUCCUCCCUGUGUCUGUGUCUUGUAUGGCCUUCUUCCCUGUGUCUGUGUCUCGCAUGGCCUUCUUCCCUGUGUCUGUGUCUCGCAUGGCCUUCUUCCCUGCGUCUGUGUCUCACAUGGCCUUCUUCCCUGUGUCUGUAUCUUCACAUGGCCUACUUAUAAGGACCCCAGUAACUGGAUUUAUGGUCUGCCCUAAUCCAGUCUGAUUUUAUCUAACUAACUGUAUCUUUGAAGACUCUAUUUCCAACUAAAGUCACAUUCUGAGGUUCCAGGUAGACAUGAAGUUUUGGGGACACCACUCAACCCAUUGCAGAACCCAUUAGCAGUCACUUCCCAUUCUUCAACUCCCCUGGCCCAGGGCAGUCAUUACUCUACUUUCUGUCUCUUUGGAUUUGUCUAUUCUGAACAUUUCAUAUAAAUGCAAUCAUACAAUAUAUGGUCUUUUGUGACUGGCUUCUUUUACUUAACAUGUUUUCAAGAUUCAUCAUGUUGUAGCAUGAAUCAGUACUUUAUUCUUUAUGGAAUAAAAAUAAUCAGUUGUAUGGUUAUACAUGUUUUGUUUAUCCAGUCAUCAUUUGUUGGAAUAUGGGUUGUUUUCACUUUUUGGCUCUUGUAAAUAGGGUUACUAUGAACAUUUGUAUACAAGUUUUGUGGGAGCAUAUGUUCUUAAUUUUUUUUUUUUUUUUUACUUACAGAAGUAAUACAUGUAUGUCACAAGAAGUUAUCCUUGAAUUUUUUUCCAUAAGAAAUCAUUUUAGAUAGGAAAGAAAGAAGGCUGGGCACAGUGUCACCUGUAAUCCUAGCACUUUGGGAGACCAAGGCAGGCAGAUAGCUUGAGGCCAGGAGUUUGAGACCAGCCUGGCCAACAUGGCAAAACCCCAUCUAUACUAAAUAUGCAAAAAUUAGCUGGGCAUGGUGUCACAUGCCUGUAAUCCCAGCUACUUGGGGGACUGAGACAUGAGAAUCACUUGAACCUGGGAGGCAGAGGGUGCUGUGAACUGAGAUCUCGCCACUGUAUUCCAACCAGGGUAACAAAGUGAGACUGUUUCAAAAAAAAAGAAGGCAAUGACCAACAUGUAGAAACUCCAUCUCUACUAAAAAUAGAAAAUUACCCCAGCAGGUUGGCACAUGCCUAUAAUCCCAGCUACUCAGGAGACUGAGGCAGAAGAAUUACUUGAACCCGGAGGGAGAGGUUGCAGUGACCCAAGAUUGUGCCAUUGCACUCCAGCCUGGGCAAGAAGAUCAAAACUCCGUCUCAAAAAGCGGGGGGGUUGCAAAAAUAUCAGUACCUGAAGGCCAGAGUCUCCAAUAUUCUGCUUUAAUCAGUUCUUUUGCCUGACCCCAAAUCUCACGUUAUGAUAGCAGUUAGGAUACCUGGGCUGGCAGGAGCUUUUAUCCAAAGGAUGAUGCAUCUCUCUCCUCUAUGAGACCUUACUUUAAAGGAUAAAGACAUAUUAAAAUGUAAAAGGAUAAUGUCUUUUUAUUCCUAAAUUUUAUGGUAAAUUUACACCCCCCCAAAAAAAACCCUAAAUGUAAACAACAACAACAAAUUUAGACUUCAGAAUAGAGACUAUUCUUGAAGGCUCCUUGAAGGCUCCGGGCAUGGUGGCUCACACCUGUAAUCCCAGCUCUUAGGGAGGCAUAGGCGGGAGGAUAGCUUGAGCCCAAGAGUUCAAGACCUGCCUGGGCAAUAUAGCAAGACCCGGUUCUCCACAAAAAGUUUAAAAAAAAAAAAAAAAAGGCAAAAAAAAUAGAAAAACCCAAAGGCUAGGGACUAAAGGCAGCUUCGCUUUGGACUGUACCUGUUUUCUCAGGAGCUAAAAGUGGUGCUGAAACAUCCAGCAUCCUACAUUUUAUUUUAAUCUCUUAAAACCCAAGUUUAAAAUCUCAUCUAUGCCUUAAAAUCACAUCUCUGCAAUCUUGGCAGGUGCUCAAAUUUCAUACAUUUAUAAAAUAUGUUUUUACUGUUUCUUUUUUAUUUCUAACAGCAGGUGAAAGGAUUUUUUAUAUUACUAAUGUUUCUUAACCUAUUUUUGGCUGAUGACUGCUUCUAAUUUUUAAAUACAUAUUCUUUUUUGAACUUGUUACAGACAUUUUUAAAUAGUCACAAAUGUAGAUUAGCACAGCAGACUCCCAUGAACCGUCAUCCAAACUUAGCAUACAUCAGCUUUAUUGCUGCUCGUUUGAUCUAUUGCCUCCUCCCCUCCAACAUUUUUUUCUUUGACCAUUUUUUUUUUUUUGAGACAGAGUUUCACUCUUGUUACCCAGGCUGGAGUGCAAUGGCGCGAUCUCUGCUCACCGCAACCUCCGCCUCCUGGGUUCAGGCAAUUCUCCUGCCUCAGCCUCCUGAGUAGCUGGGAUUACAGGCACGUGCCACCAUGCCCAGCUAAUUUUUGUAUUUUGAGUAGAGACGGGGUUUCACCAUGUUGACCAGGACGGUCUCGAUCUCUUGACCUCGUGAUCCACCCGCCUCGGCCUCCCAAAGUGCUGGGAUUACAGGCGUGAGCCACCGCGCCAGGCCUUUCUUUGACCAUUUAAAACAAAUCCUAACCAUCGUAUUCUACCCAAGAGAAUUAAUAUCCUUAAUACCUAAUAUGUAGUGUGCUUAGUUUUCUCAUGUUGUCUCAGAAAUGUCUUUUGACUAUUUAUUUGUUCAAAAUAAGAUCCGAAUAAGAGCCACACUGUGCAUUUGAUUGAUAGGUUUUUUUUGUGUCUUUAAGUCUGUAACAGUUACCCUUUUUCUGUGUGGAAAGGUGGGGUUUUUGUCCUGUAGAAUUUCCCACAUUUUGUAUUUCACUGCUUAUUUCCUCCCAGUGUUGUUUAAAGGUUCCUGUCUCCCCAGUAUUUCCUACAAAUGUGCAGUUACACAUAGCGGCUUGAUUGGAUUCAGGUGCAGUUGAUCUGACACGACUACUUCCUGAGUGACUCUGCAUCUUUGUUUUGCAUCGUAUGGAGAGGAAGGUAACAUCUGGUGGUUCUACUUGCUGUGAUUGAGCAGUGGGGAUCUGUGGUAUCAGUCUGGUCUUUUCUACUGUAAAGUAACCCACCACCCUUCCACCUGAUGGUUCUAGCAGCCAUGUCAGGGGUCCCUGAAACCACCCUUAUGUUUGAUGAUUCAUUAGAUGGACUUACAGAACUCAGAAAAGCUCUGUUACACACAUCAUUUCUGUUUAUUUUAGUGAAAAGAUACAGAGUAAAAUCAGCAAAAGAGAAGAUGCAUGCAAAGUACAGUGGAAAACAAAACACAAGCUUCUAGUUGUACCCUCGGUAUGAACCUUGCGUGUUUGGUUCUUUGACAUGGGAGAGGGACCUUGCUCACUUGGUGGAGAGAUUGUUCCUCCCAGGGCUAGCCAAUUCCUGGAAACAGAGUAAAUGACUCACCUAUGACUAUUCCUUUCCUGUGUAAACCAACCAAUCUGGAGCCCAUUCCCCAACCUCUCCUUUACAGGGCGUCUCAUACUCUGGGCCAAUAUCUCAUACUCUGGGAUAUCCACCUGCCCUAAUCACCCCAGGGCCAGAUACCAGGAAGCUAGAGACAGCCCCUAGUCCCCAGAGCCUGCUGAAAUUUUUCAAACUCACCAGUCUGCUUACUCGGCCUUGCCACUUCCUUCCCAUGGAGAUCACAAGGCUCUUAUUCCUCUUUAUCCCCUCAUUCCCUCUGCCUCCUCACUGACCCUGGGCUUCCCAGUGUAGCUCCCUGUGGCAUGCCGUGCCCCUCCUGGAUCUGUGAGUAUAACAAGUUUUUUCUUGUCAAUGGCAGUCACCUGAUCUUAAAACCUUUAUUUUUAUACUUUUUAGAGACAGGUGUGUCUUGCUGUAUUGCCCAGGCUGGUCUCGAAUGCUUGAGUCAAACGAUCUUCCCACCUUGGCCUCCCACAGUGCUGAGAUUACAGGUAUGAGCCACCACAUUGGGCCACCCAAAGCCUAUAUUUUAAAACAUUCCUCCAACGGUGUUGCACAGACAGCACUAAAUCCUCCCAGCAAUGAUGUAUGGUAGUACAUGCCAGGUGUUGCCAAUUAUAGAAGCUCACCCUUGGAUGCUGCUAACAUCCCAUGAUGCACGGGACAACUGCCCCAUCCCCACCCCCACUCUCUGCAAAGAAUUAUCUGGCUCAAAAUGUCAAUCAUGCUGAGGUUGAGAAACCCUGCUUCUAACAAUUAUGUUUUAAAGUCACUUGAAAUAGUUCUUCUCAGGGCCGGGCACAGUGGCUCACGCCUGUAAUCCCAGCACUUUGGGAGGCCGAGGCGGGUGGGUCACGAGGUCAAGAGAUUGAGACCAUCCUGGUCAACAUGGUGAAACUCCGUCUCUACUAAAAAUACAGAAUUAGCUGGGCAUGGUGGCACGUGCCUGUAGUCCCAGCUACUCAGGAGGCUGAGGGAGGAGAAUUGCCUGAACACAGGAGGCGGAGGUUGCGAUGAGCCAAGAUCGCGCCAUUGCACUCCAGCCUGGGUAACAAGAGCGAAACUCCGUCUCAAAAAAGAAAAAAAAAGUAGUUCUUCUCUAGUUAUUGCUCCAAAUCUAUACAUAAUUUUAGUUUACUUUCCGUUUUUAGGGAUGCUUUUUUUAAAUUAUGUAAAAUGACUAUGUAAUUCCAAAGUUGAAACUAGUUUGGUUUUGUUUGUUUUUUAGAAAAUAGAGACAGGGUCUCAGUAUGUUGGCCAGGUUGGUCUUUAAUUCCUGACCUCAAACAAUCCUUCUACCUUAGCCUCCCAAAGUGCUAGGAUUAUAGGCAUGAGCCACCACGCCUGGCUAGAACUAGUUUUCUUUGAAGAAAGGUACAUUCAGAGAGGUCUUUCAUCCUUGUCCCCUCCCUGGUUUUUUCCAUCCCUCUAGCAGUAGCCAUUUUUAUUAGUUGUUGGCAUAUUAUAUAUACAACAAUUUGUAUUUUUGCCACUGUAUCUUUUGGAUAGUCUUAGAAAUAGGAUUGUUGGGUCAAAGAUUAAAUAAAUGUAUAAUUUUGCUUGAUUUAAAUAUAUCUUCUAAUUUCUAUUUCUAAAUACAAUCAAUGCAAAGAAAGCAAAGCACAGAACAGCACUACAGCAUGCCAUUUCUAUUGAAAAAGCAUGAAAGAGGCCAGGCACGGUGGCUCACGCCUAUAAUCCCAGCACUUUGGGAGGCCGAGGCAGGCAGAUCACCUGAGGUCAGGAGUUCAAGACCAUCCUGACCAACAUGGAGAAACUCUGUCUCUACUAAAAAUACAAAAUUAGCCAGGCAUGGUGGCACAUGCCUGUAAUCCCAGCUACUCGGGAGGCUGAGGCAGGAGAAUCGUUUGAACCCAGCAGGCAGAGGUUGUGGUGAGCUGAGAUCGUGCUGUCGCACUCCAGCCUAGGCAACAAGAGCCAAGACUCCGUCUCAAAAAAAAAAAAAAAAAAUGAAAGAUAUGUAACUUUUCACUUGUGUAUGCUGAAGUAUCUUCAAAUAGACUUACAAGCAAACCAGUCAUCAAACAGGAAAAAGGAUGGCUGAGGUCUAAGGAGUGUGAGGGAGAUUUUUAGUGAAUACCAUUUUAAAAUUUUGAACCACGUUAAUAUAGGUCUAUCUUUUAAAUAAAUUUUUUAAGUGAAAUGAAAAUUAAUGGAAAAAGUUUUCUCUAUUUUAAACGGCAUUAUCACCAGAAAACACGUAGAGGCGAUGUUGUUUAGGGACGAGGAAGCUCUCACAAGGCUGCUUGAGGCUGCGCUGCACUUAAUUUCACACAAUUACUGUCUUCUGGAAUUUGGCUCUUUCAGGGAAGUUUAUACUUUCAGCAGCAUUGCUCCUUAUUCUGUGUCCACACGUGGGUUCUAAUGUUAUGAGUGUGUGCAUAAUUUGUAUUUUUUUCAUAAUUUUCAAAACUUGGCUAGAUUUAAAUAAUUGUGUGUAUAGAUUUCAUGUGGUCAUUUCUGCGUUUGGUUAAAUGCCUUGUUUUAUGGAGUUUAUCAGCGCCAAGCAUGAGCUCACUGUCUGGGGAAACAAGGCUGCUAUGGAGAUAAUGACCAACCCUGGCUGCCAGUGCCUCUGGUUGGAAGAAAUGCAGGCCCUGUCUGAUUUGGUAGUGUCUAUGGCUGGGGAAAAGCUGCCUCCACCUGGACCUUGGCAAGACUUUUUGGAUUUAGGACAGUGUGCUGAGCAAGCCUUAGCCAAAAUUUUCCAGCUCCUAAAACCCAGCUCCCUUCCUGGCUAGUUAAAUGGCUUUGGACAGUAUUAUCUUUUAACUGCGACUGCUUAGUGAGGUGGUGUCUGGGAAAGCCAGAGGAGCUGUUAAAAUAAGUCCCACUGCAGCAGAAAGGCUAUUGAAACCAGGAGACAGCUUCCAACUGGAAAGAUACUUAGUAUAUAAGUGCUUACUUUCAAGGGCUCAAGCAGUUCUUUCCAUAGGCAGCUAUCCUGAAGGAAUGGUUAGAUACAGAGACAACCAAGGAGGCAGAUAUUUUAGACAAAACACAUUUAUUUUCCAGAAAGUGUAGUAUUUUAAUACCCCAUAUUGAAGAAUCAUCACUGGCCUUCACAUCCUAUAAACGUGAAUCCUUUUAAACCUAAACGUGUCUGUACUGGUGCAGAGACUGACUUGCUGUAACACUGUCCAGAUGAAUCCAAAAUAGAUCUUUGUACCUGUGGUCCAAAAGUGGUAGGAAAAUUCUGUAAAGAUCUAAGGGCUGCAGGCAAAGUUGUUUGAAUUCAAUUUUUAUUUUUUAAAACUGGGGACCCAAAAUGAAUUAAAAGGGAUAUCAGAUGAGUGGUUGUUGCCUGACGUGGUGGGGGAGAGGAAGCAGGCGGUUGAGUAGAAAGAAGAACAGGAGCACCUCUGGGCAAUGGAAGCUUCCAGUGUUUUGAUUGGAGUGUUAAUUGUAUUGGUAUAAACAAUUUGUUCAAAUUAAGUCUGCACGUAAAGUUCGUGUACUUUAUGUAAUUAUACCUCAGUUUUAAAACGUAAAGAAGCAAAAACAUGGUCCUUAUUACUUGGUGUAGUAGAAUAAAAGUGGGCUUAGAUACUCAA